ACCUCCGUGUCAGCGCCUGAACGGCCCGCCUGCACGCGGCGGCUGGCGGAUGACCUAAGCCCAUCCGCCGGCCGACGACAACUCCUACGCUCUGACAAGUGGGCCCUCAUCUACUCAUAACUGCAGGCCCUACCACCGCACGCCUGCCCUCCGGAGUCCGGUCUGACGCCGGGUGGAGUACUGGAGUCAGUCCACCAAGACCGUGAGUACAGCAGCGCUGCCGCUGAACAGCAGCCGCGGUGCGCACGAGUGCACGACGCUGCUGGACGCGGGGCGAGGCGAUCACUAGGCAAAGCUGUGGACCGCACCUCCUCCUCUGGAGGCCCCGAGCCCCACCUCCCUCCUCAGUCCUCACUCGUCUCCUUCUAGCUUUCGCCGAAUCUCUCCGAUCUGUGCAGCGAUCUCUCUUCCGCGCAGUGCGCACGAGCAAUGCUCUGUUCCCUUGUUAGGUGCUUGUGAGCAUGGAUGUGCUACGCGACACAACUGGAAAGAAGGAAGUGACUGUCUGUUAUAUGAAUGCCGCUAUACCUUACGCCAUUGAAGAGAGUUACGGUGGAUGCUUCUUUGAUGAUGAUGUUGAUCUUGCACAAGUUCUUCAAGAUCAGGAAAUAUUGUAUCAACAAAUUCAAGGAAAUGACGGUAGCGGUUCAUCUAGAACUCAUUCAGCUCCCAGUUCUAGUCGCGGCCAUGAUGGGGCAUCAAAUGAAAGAAAACCAUCAAGAGUUGCAAACUACGAGCUGCAGCUAGCGGUUGAUGAAGCCUUAGCUAGAGAGUUGCAAGAGAUGGAGGGCCAACUAGCCAACACUUCAUUUGGUGACAAUAAUGGAAGAAAGACGAUGUUGUCUUCAGCAUCCAACAGUGUCAAUAGUUCUGCAAGCAGGCCUCCUCAGGUAGUAGUGGAGGAUGGCAUUGAUCCAGAUAAUAUGACUUAUGAGGAACUGCAACAAUUAGGGGAAGCCAUUGGUACUGAAAGCAAAGGGCUGCCUGAAAGUGUCAUAGCACUCUUGCCGACCUCAACUUACAAAAUUGGAAUAUUCUCAAGAAAGGAAAAACAUGAUGAAUGUGUGAUCUGUUGUAUGGCUUACAAGAACCGAGAUAGGCUGACUAAAUUGCCCUGCGAACAUCAGUACCAUCAAACUUGUGUCGCUAAAUGGUUGCAGAUCAAUAAGGUAUGCCCUGUUUGCAAUAAGGAGGUUUUUGGCUCGUAAAAUGAACAUUCCAGAUUCAUCUGAUGGCCGGCACCAGCAACCGUACAAAGUGUUGCGGUUAGAUGUGCAUCUUUUUAUCAGCAUGCUGCAUGGUUGCAGAGAGGUAAUGCACUGUAUUGCUUAAGGAUCUUAAGAUCUUAAUAAAUAUGAUAGUUGCUUCUGAACUUGUCACUGGGACAUGGUUUUCAGUUUGGUGCCUCAUUAUCAUUCGUUUUGUCAUCUUCUAGAAUAUGUAUACUGGUCAUUGAUUUCAGUAUCUUUGCUGUACUUGGUUCA